UUACAGUUGUUAUAUGAAAUGAAUUUUGUGUUGCGUUGCAUUUUCUCUCUCGAUUUGGUUCUCUUACCACGACGCGUAUACAUUUUUACUUUAAAGGAGUUGCAAGCUUCGUCGUUCCAUUUUUUUUUUUCUAUUAAUUACUUACGUAUUUAAAAUGAUUAAUGCAUUUCCAUUUCUAUUUGCCUAUGAUUUACCAAACUCGAUUUGUUAUUUUUUCAGGAAAUAAUUACCUAGCAGUGAAGUGAGUGUGCUGAUCGGAUGGGCGUUGUCCCCUUGUUGACAGACAGCUCAGACAGCUCAUACAACCCCCAAAAGUUGAAAAUUCCAGCUAAGAAAACUAGUCUUUGACAGAUUGGGAUUAUUCGUUGAUAAACAACAGCCCUAGCAGGGCACCGAAGCCAUGGCAGCUGAAUAGAGAAUAAUAUACGAGCAUGUCAUCAUACUAUCGUUGAAAUUUGCUCAACUAUUUUAUGCCUUUGUUUUUUUUUUCCAGUUUUGAGUGAUCCUCAAUAUUAAGUAAAAAAUUGAUAUUUAAUGUUAUUCCUUUCAUCUCAAAUUGACCAUAUAUUCUACAUGAUAAUAUGUCUUCUAUAUAGGAAAAACAACUCUACAAUCUAUUCCUAUGUACAAAUAUUAAAAUGAUAAUAGAUAUAAAUAAAUAGAUACAUAAUUUGCUUUCCCACAUCUGCUAAUUAUGAUGUUACAAAAAGUAAGUAGGCACUGUGAAUUUAUAAUAAAUUUAAUUGAUUAGUGUUUUCAAUUUAAAGCAUUCUAUAUGAUAUUCCAAUGUAAAACUAUUUCUUGUAGCUUUGCAUUUGUGGGACAUGAUUUAUUGAAGAAUUGAAAAAAAAAAACAACUAUAGCUUUCAGUAAAUCCAAUUUUUGUCUACUUUGAGGGAUUUUGGAAAUAUAAGUUUUUGAGAAACAGGUCCUUACACUACUUUGCGAUAAGAUUGGGAGGCAUAGUUCAAAAGGGAUUUGAUCUUUUUUUUUUUAAAGUAGUUAUCCGAAAUUGAGCUACUGAGAGGAUAUAGUUGGAUGUGACUUUUUUUUAAAAUUUUUCAGCUUGGGACCUAUGGAUUUCUUAGAAUCCUCCACAAAUGAUGAUUCCAAGUCAUAAAAUUACAAUGUCGAUACAAGCAAUUAACACAAAAUAUACUUUAAAGGACUGUGUAAAAAAAGAAGAACUUGAAAUUGGAAAAACCUAUAGAAUCCUUAAUGUUACUAGAAUGGAAACAAAAUUUGGACCCUCGAUUUUGGUAGAGCUGGAAGGAGAAAAGUCAAUUUUCCUACCCAGAAGAUACGACUUAACGGAGGAUGAAAUUAAAAAAAUAAACGAUGGCUGUUCAGGCUUGAUCUAUAAGGGAGGGAAAAGUGUUGGAAAACCUUCACCGGCAGCUAUUUAUGAAUUUACAGAAUGUAGUUUGGGGGUGGUAAUAAUCAAUGUUGGAAAUUAUACUAGUAGGUACUACCAGGGAAACCUGAGAAUACUCAAAUGUGUUUCUAGUUAUCAAAUUUUAUUACUAUAUCUAGAUUCGUAGAAUGUUUGAUUCACCUUAGAUUAGUUUUUACUUUUUUUGUAUGAUUUUCAUUUAUUAAAUAUACUUACAAUUUUAC